GGAAAGAGUGGUGGCAGGUGAAGUCGGAGACGACAGAGGAACUGGUUUCCUCCGCCCCGCAAGGCACACAGCCUGCCGACACCCCAUCAAUACAUGUGGAAGGGGAAAGAGACAGAAUGGAGGAAUGAAUACAACUUGAUCCAGGUAGCGUAUCGGGAGCGGCCGCUUUACCUGUGAACCUCUCUGCCUGACAAGCGGCCAAUAUACGGUAUCAACCACCAAGAUGGCGGCGCCCUUUAGGAAUCCGCAAAUAGGUCGCCGCCAUGUGUCGCCAAGGAACGUACGAAUUCGACCCUCGUACGGAAUCAGAUUCCAAGAUGACGGCAUCUAUGAGGAAGUCACGCAGUAGGUGCAGCCAUGUUGCCUGUACGUCCAGGCCGUACUAGCAGCCGCCGUACGGACUCUACUGACAAGGUGGCGACGCCCUCGGGAAAGCCACAAUGUGAGCGCUGCCAUGUUCCCGGCGAACGUGUGGAUUCGGCCACCAUACGGAUACGAUAAUCAAGAUGGCGGCGCCUGAGGGUUCUUCGGGGGCUCUAGGCGAGCGAACUACUGGUUUGCGGCGGAGACGACGCACGGGGCCUGCGCAGUAGGAGUACGCUGCCUGGGAGGCGUGACCAGAAGCGGAAGUAGUUGUGGGCGCCUUUGCAACCGCCUGGGACGCCGCCGAGUGGUCUGUGCAGGUUCGCGGGUUGCUGGCGGGGGUCGCGAGGGAGUGCGCCGGGAGCGGAGAUAUGGAGGGAGAUGGUUCAGACCCAGAGCCUCCAGAUGCUGGGGAGGACAGCAAGUCGGAGAAUGGAGAGAAUGCGCCCAUCUACUGCAUCUGUCGCAAACCGGACAUCAACUGCUUCAUGAUCGGGUGUGACAACUGCAAUGAGUGGUUCCAUGGGGACUGCAUCCGGAUCACUGAGAAGAUGGCCAAGGCCAUCCGGGAGUGGUACUGCCGGGAGUGCAGAGAGAAAGACCCCAAACUAGAGAUUCGCUAUCGGCACAAGAAGUCACGGGAACGGGAUGGCAAUGAGCGGGACGGCAGUGAGCCCCGGGAUGAGGGUGGAGGGCGCAAGAGGCCUGUCCCCGAUCCAGACCUGCAGCGCCGGGCAGGGUCAGGGACAGGGGUUGGGGCCAUGCUUGCUCGGGGCUCUGCUUCGCCCCACAAAUCCUCGCCGCAGCCCUUGGUGGCCACACCCAGCCAGCAUCACCAGCAGCAGCAGCAGAUCAAACGGUCAGCCCGCAUGUGUGGUGAGUGUGAGGCAUGUCGGCGCACUGAGGACUGUGGUCACUGUGACUUCUGUCGGGACAUGAAGAAGUUUGGGGGCCCCAACAAGAUCCGGCAGAAGUGCCGGCUGCGCCAGUGCCAGCUGCGGGCCCGGGAAUCGUACAAGUACUUCCCUUCCUCGCUCUCACCAGUGACGCCCUCAGAGUCCCUGCCAAGGCCCCGCCGGCCACUGCCCACCCAACAGCAGCCACAGCCAUCACAGAAGUUAGGGCGCAUCCGUGAAGAUGAGGGAGCAGUGGCAUCAUCAGCAGUCAAGGAGCCUCCUGAGGCUACAGCCACGCCUGAGCCACUCUCAGAUGAGGACCUACCUCUGGAUCCUGACCUGUAUCAGGACUUCUGUGCAGGGGCCUUUGAUGACCACGGCCUGCCCUGGAUGAGCGACACAGAAGAGUCCCCAUUCCUGGACCCUGCGCUGCGGAAGAGGGCAGUGAAAGUGAAGCAUGUGAAGCGUCGGGAGAAGAAGUCUGAGAAGAAGGUGAUGGAGAGGAAGGAGGAGCGAUACAAGCGGCAUCGGCAGAAGCAGAAGCACAAGGAUAAAUGGAAACACCCAGAGAGGGCUGAUGCCAAGGACCCUGCGUCGCUGCCCCAGUGCCUGGGGCCCGGCUGUGUGCGCCCCGCCCAGCCCAGCUCCAAGUAUUGCUCAGAUGACUGUGGCAUGAAGCUGGCAGCCAACCGCAUCUAUGAGAUCCUCCCCCAGCGCAUCCAGCAGUGGCAGCAGAGCCCUUGCAUUGCUGAAGAGCACGGCAAGAAGCUGCUGGAACGCAUUCGCCGAGAGCAGCAGAGUGCCCGCACUCGCCUUCAGGAAAUGGAACGCCGAUUCCAUGAGCUUGAGGCCAUCAUUCUGCGUGCCAAGCAGCAGGCUGUGCGCGAGGAUGAGGAGAGCAACGAGGGUGACAGUGAUGACACAGACCUGCAGAUCUUCUGUGUUUCCUGUGGGCACCCCAUCAACCCACGUGUUGCCUUGCGCCACAUGGAGCGCUGCUAUGCCAAGUAUGAGAGCCAGACAUCCUUUGGGUCCAUGUACCCCACACGCAUUGAAGGGGCCACACGACUCUUCUGUGAUGUGUAUAAUCCUCAGAGCAAAACAUACUGUAAGCGGCUCCAGGUGCUGUGCCCCGAGCACUCACGGGACCCCAAAGUGCCAGCUGACGAGGUAUGCGGGUGCCCCCUUGUACGUGAUGUCUUUGAGCUCACGGGUGACUUCUGCCGCCUGCCCAAACGCCAGUGCAAUCGCCAUUACUGCUGGGAGAAGCUGCGGCGUGCGGAAGUGGACUUGGAGCGCGUGCGUGUGUGGUACAAGCUGGACGAGCUGUUUGAGCAGGAGCGCAAUGUGCGCACAGCCAUGACAAACCGCGCGGGAUUGCUGGCCUUGAUGCUGCACCAGACAAUCCAGCACGAUCCCCUCACUACCGACCUGCGCUCCAGUGCCGACCGCUGAGCCUUCUGGCCCGGACCCCUCACACCCUGCAUUCCAGAUGGGGGAGCUGCCCGGUGCCCAUGUGUCCGUUCCUCCACUCAUCUGUUUCUCUGGUUCUCCCUGUGCCCAUCCACCGGUUGACCGCCCGUCUGCCUUUAUCAGAGGGUCUGUCCCCGUCGACAUGUUCAGUGCCUGGUGGGGCUCCGGAGUCCACUCAUCCUUGCCUCCUCUCCCUGGGUUUUGUUAAUAAAAUUUUGAAGAAACCAAG